AUGGAGAUCAACAAACCUAAUUCCUCAAAAUUAGACAGGAAAUUCAUCGAGAGAAACAGGAGAAAUCAAAUGAAAGCUCUCUGUUCUAAGCUCAAUUCUCUCGUUCCACAUCAGAGCUCUAGGGAAGCGGCAUCACUGCCAGACCAAAUAGAUGAAGCUGCGAAUUACAUAAAGAGUUUGAAGGCAAAGUUGGAGAGAAUGAAGGAAAAGAAAGAGGGCUUAAUGGGUUCAAAAUACCCUCAAAUCCAGAUUCAAGAAAUGGGUUCUUCGUCUUUGGUGAUUGCAUUGAGAACCGGGUUCAACGGCCGAUUCGUUUUCAAUGAAACGAUUCGUAUUCUACAUGAUGAAAGGGCUGAGAUUGUUAGUGCAGGUUUCUCUGUUGUCGAUGAUGAUACUGUUCUACACACCAUUCAUCUUACGAUUGGGGAGGGAUCACCAGAUUAUGGAGCUGCAAGGAUGUCUGAGAGAUUGAAGAAGUUUGUCCAUGAUAAUCUGAGUCACUGA